ACGAGCCCGCUGGGCCGGGAUCGUAGGGCUGGGCUGGAGUGAAGGUGGCUACGAGGUAGUUUCUCUUCCUCCCUUACCUUUAUUGUUGCUUCUGUUGGAAGGCGACUGUUCAAAGGUAGGGAGGGGGCAAUACGAGUUGGGAGGAGAGCAGAAAAAGAUUUUGGCUGUAUUUUCAACAGCUUCUUCACCCAUGUGCACGUGCCCAUAAUCUGGGACCCCAUUUCCCCAACCUGGUUUCCUACGCCCAGCCCUGGAGUUCCGCUACCCUGAACCCCCGCUUUGCAGCAACGCAGGAUUGAAAGUUUUCCACAUUUAGGAGACUGCAGAAAGGUGGGGCAGAUAGAAUGGAGAUGGCAAAGCUCUUUGGGGGUAUAUAUGGGCCUGGAGAAGUAAUGGAAUAAUUUCUAAUUUUUGGAGAAGCCCUCAUGCCGGGAUGGCAGAAGAUGAACCUGAUGCUAAGAGCCCGAAGACUGGGGGAAGGGCCUCCUCAGGUAGUGCAGAGGCGGGGGAACCUACCACCCUUCUUCAGAGGCUCCGCGGUACCAUCUCCAAGGCCGUGCAGAACAAAGUAGAGGGAAUCUUGCAAGAUGUACAGAAAUUCUCAGACAACGACAAGCUCUAUCUCUACCUUCAGCUCCCCUCAGGGCCGAGUACUGGAGACAAAAGCUCAGAGCCAAGUACACUCAGCAAUGAGGAAUACAUGUAUGCCUAUAGGUGGAUCCGCAACCACCUAGAGGAGCAUACUGACACCUGUCUGCCAAAGCAAAGCGUUUAUGAUGCCUAUCGGAAGUACUGUGAGAGCCUUGCCUGUUGCCGCCCACUCAGCACAGCCAACUUUGGCAAAAUCAUCAGAGAGAUCUUCCCCGACAUCAAGGCCCGAAGGCUUGGUGGCCGGGGCCAGUCCAAAUAUUGCUACAGUGGCAUACGAAGAAAGACUUUGGUAUCUAUGCCACCCUUGCCUGGACUUGACCUAAAGGGCUCUGAGAGUCCAGAAAUGGGCCCAGAAGUAACCCCAGCACCUCGGGAUGAACUGGUCGAGGCAGCCUGUGCCCUCACUUGUGACUGGGCAGAGCGAAUCCUGAAACGGUCCUUCAGUUCCAUCGUUGAGGUCGCCCGCUUCCUGCUACAGCAGCAUCUCAUUUCUGCCCGAUCUGCACAUGCACAUGUGCUCAAGGCCGUGGGGCUUGCUGAAGAGGACGAACAUGCCCCUCGAGAACGGUCAUCUAAAUCCAAGAAUGGUGUAGAGAACCUAGAGGGUGGAGCCCAUAAGAAACCAGAGAGAAUGGCCCAGCCUCCUAAGGAGCUGGAACCCCGGGCUGGGGCUGGCCCCCCAACACGCGGAGAGCGGAAGAAGGGUGUAGUGGAGAGCCCAGCCCCAGCAGCCAAUAACCCGCAGGUUAAUGCCCUGGUGGCCCGGCUGCCUCCGCUUCUGCCCCGGGCCCCUCGCUCGCUCAUUCCACCAAUCCGAGUCUCUCCACCCAUCCUGGCCCCCAGGCUUUCUUCAAGCGCUCUGAAAGUGGCUACGCUGCCUCUGCCCAGUAGGGCUGGGGGACCCCAGGCAGCGGUGCCCAUCAUUAAUAUGAUCUUACCAGCUCCACCUGCAGGGCUCACUCAGCCACGGGGCACAGAGAAUAGGGAGGUAGGCAUAGGUGGUGACCCAGGACCUCAUGACAAGGGUGUCAAGAGGACAGCUGAAGUACCUGUGAAUGAGGCCAGUGGGCAUGACCCACCAGCUAAAGCAGCAAAGCAGGAUAUAGAGGAUACAGGAAGUGAUGGCAAAAGAAAACGGGGGCGCCCCCGAAAAAAAUCAUGUGGAAGUAAAGAAAGGAAUUCUACCCCUGACAAGUCAGCAGCUGCCAUGGACUCUGCCCAGUCCUCAAGGUUACCACGGGAAACAUGGGCCUCUGGAGGGUCAGCUGGAGGGUCAGAGAGGCCAGGGCCAAUGGGAGAGGCUGAGAAAGGGAUGGUGCUUGCCCAAGGUCAGGAAGUCGGUGCUGUUUCCAGAGGAGGAAGGGGCCCCAGUUCCCGGCAUGCCAAAGAAGCAGAAGAUAAAAUUCCUCUUGUCACCCCAAAAGUGAGUGUCAUUAAGGGCAGAAGCCAAAAAGAGGCUCUUCAUUUGGUAAAGGGAGAGUUAGACACUGCAGCACAGGGUAAUAAAGACUUAAAGGGGCAUGUGCUUCAAAGUUCCUUAUCCCAUGAGCGGAAAGACCCCAAAGCAACACCCCCAUGAUGGGAAUGUGGGGAAGUGUUUAUAUGCAUAUGUUAACUCUACCUGUCCGCCUGGUAGAGGCCCUUCUCUGCACUUGCUUCUCAUUUGGCUCUUCUUUUCCAAAGAGAAUUCGUGCUCUUCUGUAUAGACAGCUGAGGCACCCUGUCUUACUCAGUGCCUGGUUCCUGCCUCUGACCUUUCCAGCUCAAUACCCUUGGCUUUAGAGUCACUAAUAAAUCUGUAGUGACCAUUUUACCUGGACCCCUGUGCUAUCCUGUGAGAAGAUAGGGAUGGAAUAAGUAUGAUGAAUGUAUAGGUUAGGAAUCUUUUGGUUUUAAGUCAUAGAAAACCUAAUUCAAACGGGCUUAAAAAUAAAGAUUUAUUGGCUCAUGUAACUGGAAAGUCCAGCGGUAGUACUGGCUCCAGUAAAGCUGAUCCAGUGGCUCAGUAUGUCUCUAAAUACCUGAUUGGCUUUUUCCCGCUACUCUACCUUCUGUAGUUUCAUCUUAAGCCUGGGCCACCUCAUGGCUGCCAGCGCUCCUAGUAUUACAUUUCCUCAUUUAUGUCCAACCAGAAAGAGAGAGCAUCUUUGUGCCGGGGAUCCUAGCAAAAACCCUAAGAUUUACUCUGAUUAGGCCAGCCUGGGUCACAUGUCCACCCCUAACCAAUCACUGCGGCCAGGGGCUGGUAAAUGCUAAUUUGCUUAGUCUACAUCAAGGACUGCACUUGUGGAAAAAAGGGCGGGGUCAGCCUCCCUUAGAAUCACAUCCAUCCCCAAAUGGAAACUGGGGGAGGUGGGGGGAGGGGAGUUCUUGCCAAGGCAGCUAACACCUGCCACUACUAUGAAGCACAUGUGGUUUUAGCUUGCUAGGUUGAGAUUAGCUAUACCUGUUUCCUUUUUUCCUCAUAGUCUUGCAUUUUCCUUACUGCAACUGUAAGUUCUUUCCUCUCAUUCUAGUCUCAGAAGGAAUGAGAGGGAAGUCACUCUACUUUGGGGAAUAUCUCUUUAGUCUCAUCUAGAUGACAGUCUAAAUUUUUUCACCUAUAGUUCAGAGAUGGAGCUCUUUCCUUUUCCUGUUUUCUGAAUUUUAGUUUCUUCCUGAUUCCUGCUUCCUUAUCCCCCACCCUACUGUCACUUUCACCGAGUGAAAGAUUUACUUCCUAGUCAUUUUAUUAAAUUCACUCUGGAUCCA